GCGUAGCGGAAGUGACGCAAGCAGUAGCGGAAGUCCCUCCAGCCGCGGUGUUGUGCUGUGGGGAAGAGAGACGGAUUUGUAAACCCCGGAGCGAGGUUCUGCGUGCCCGAGGCCGCUGCUGUGCGGAGACCCCGGGGGAAGCCACCGUCACUAUGUCUGACCAGGAGGCAAAACCUUCAACUGAGGACUUGGGGGAUAAGAAGGAAGGAGAAUACAUUAAACUCAAAGUCAUUGGACAGGAUAGCAGUGAGAUUCACUUCAAAGUGAAAAUGACAACACAUCUCAAGAAACUCAAAGAAUCAUACUGUCAAAGACAGGGAGUUCCAAUGAAUUCACUCAGGUUUCUCUUUGAAGGUCAGAGAAUUGCUGAUAAUCACACUCCAAAAGAAAAAGUCCUGCAUUCGGGUUAUGUACUUUUGGCUGGAAUACUACGUAAAUGGUGAUGUGUCUUUCUCAAGCUGGGAAUGGAGGAAGAAGAUGUGAUUGAAGUUUAUCAGGAACAAACGGGGGGUCAUUCAACGUUUUAGAUAUUCUUUUUAUUUUUUUUUUCUUUUCCCUCAAUCCUUUUUUAUUUUUAAAAAUAGUUCUUUUGUAAUGUGGUGUUCAAAACAGAGUUGAAAACUGGCACCCCAUCUCUUUAAAACAUCUGGUAAUUUGAAUUCUAGUGACCAUUAUUGUUCAUUAUUGUUUGUUUUCAUUGUGCUGAUUUUUGGUGAUCAAACCUCAUCCCCCUUCAUACUGCCCUCUCCUUUUUAAAUAUUACAUGUGUGCACAGAGAGGCCACCUUUUUCAGGACUGUGCAUUUUCAGGCUUGUGAUAAAUAAGAUCGACCAAUGCAAGUGUUCAUAAUGACUUUCUAAUUGGCCCUGAAGUUCUAGCCUAUGAUUGCUUCACUCCUGGACUGUGACUUUCAGUGGGAGAUGGAAGUUUUUCAGAGAACUGAACUGUGGACAAAUGACCUUUCCUUAACUUGAAGCUACUUUUAAAAUCUGAGGGUCUGGACCAAAAGAAGAGGAAUAUCAGGUUGGAGUCAAGAUGACAGAUGUGGUGAGAGUGAAGACUAACUCCAAAGAUGGCAUCCCUGAAGAGAAAGCGUUUUAAGAGUAUAGAAAAAAAUUUGUCAGAAGAUCCCAGAAAAGUUCUAAUUUUCAUUAGCAGUUAAUAAAGUUAUUCAUGCAGAAGUGUGUACAACGGAACACUGUUCUUUUUGAUUUUAUUUGUAACUUUUGGCCUGGGAUAUGGGUUUUAAUGGACCUUGUCUGUACCAGCUUCAUUAAAAUAAACAAAAUAUUUGUAAAAACCGUA